AUGACGUAUCAGGGAGUGAUUGAUCGCGACCAAGAACAUAUGACGUUCUUGCCUUUUUGGCUAAACAAGUUCAUUUUUCCCCAUGCUGAUGGAGCUGUGAAGCCGGAAUAUAUGCACUUGGCAGAGGCUCUUCACAAUGAGACAGGCUUGGCUACGGGCCCUUUCAUGUUGGCCUCCCUUUACCAUUGCCUUUAUCAAAUCACCAUCAACCCUCUGAAUCUUGCCAUAUGUGGUCAUAUUUGGAUGGCCCAGAUAUGGUUGGAAUUUCCUGAGCUUGAGAAUGAAAAGUUGGAGUAUCUUGAAGAUGAGGUUCUAGCCACCACGUUGGCUACCAACCCCAAGAGGUUGGUUAGCACUGAAGAAUGUUUCUUCUUCUUCAGAGACUGCAAGCAAAGGCCUAAAUCAACUUGGCUAGGUUCGCUAUUCUGUGACAUGCCUUGGUUUAUAGAGAGGGCCUUCAUGAAGCUCCUAGGCAUUGGAGGGGGUUGA